AACAGCGCUGCUGCUGCUGCUGCUGCUGCUGCUCUCUCUCUCUCUCUCUCUCUCUCUCUCUAGGCAUCAUUUUGAUCGAAUUAAAAUGAGUGAGAAAUAAAUCAGGGAUUCGGAGGACGGAGGCAGCCGACUGAGACACAUUGUUGGGCGCCAUAAUUCAUCAACUCCUUCGAGCCUGACUCGGUUUCUCUGUUCCUCUUUUCCGUGCUUUAUUGCAUACUACGGCCUGUUUGAUAAAAUGUCUAAUAUGUAGCCAAUGUGGUCAAUUUACUGUUAUGUGUGUCAUUUCCGGUACAUUCAUGCUUUGUAGGUUUACCAGGGGUACUAUAUGUUAGACCGAUUUUUAGAACACUGCAUUCGAGGUUCUGGUUAUUUGUUCUCUUUAUGGUUCGUUGCAUUGCAAAUUUUGUGUUUGUUUUAGUAAUACAAGAGGAUUAAACCAUUUGGAGGGAGUCUAAUUGGUGGGAGUGACUUUGUUCAUAUUCUCCUAUUGUAUACCCCUUGCAAUUUGUUGGCAUCAUUCUCUCUUGUUUGCCCUCCGUUUUUGUACGUUUUAGAGAAAUUGAUCAUAAAUGUGUUGAAUCAUCUAAAAGAAUUGAUCAUAUAUCCAUUGAAUCAUCCGAAAGAAAUAUAAUGUCAUGUUAUAUGAUUUAGUAGUUCUACUUGAUAUUUCAGUGCUAAAAUGUCUAAGAGCAGCCACUUUGUGCAUAUGUCGCCAAAAAUUAGGUGUCUCGAGUCCUCCCCUAUCAAUACCCCCAUCGAUUGGGGAUUUGAUAAGUACUGUUCAUGUUAUUGUUGUUGUUAUUGACAUAUUGUUAUUAUUGUAGUAGGUCUUCAACCACAUGAAUUUACCAUGAUUAUUAUGAAUUAUUGAUUGCAUCACCUCAUAUAUGAGCAAACUGAUGUUCAAGUAAUUCUGACAAAAGUUUCUCUUCUACAUGAGACUUCUCUCAAGUAGGUCCAACCGUCCAAGUACUUCCUGAUAGUAAUAAUGUUCGGUGCAGUUAUUUUUGGUUGAGUAUCAAAUUUUCAAAUUAAGAAAGCCUUCCAAAACUUCCUUUUAAAGAGCUGCUGAAUAGACAACAUUUCUUAUUUUUGUAGGUGGUGAAUCCUCAACAUUAUUACUUACAAUGAUCACAAUUAUGUCUGGAUCGGCAGAAUGAGAAAGAGGCCAGGCCAUGGAGACAACUAUAGCACCAUUACAUUUGGAGCUCUUUAUUUCAAAGUGGUGUUCUGGUUAUCGAUCGGUUCUAUUGGUUGUAUAUUGCCAUUUUCUAUUUGCAUUGUGUCUAUUUGAAGACAUGGAAGUGUCUCCUAUCUAUCUCCUCCUCUUUCACCGCUUGCCAUUUGUCUUGCCUGGGUUCCUGAAUAUGGCGGAUUUCCCCCCAAACUUGGAGGAUGGUGAGCAGUGGCUUCCUGCUGAUAUUUACCAUGAGAUAGUCUAUGGUAGCUUCGAGCCUAAGGCUCUUGCCGAUAACACCAGUGAAGAGGGUGCAACAGAGGUUGAGACCUUUGACCAUGGAGGCAAUGGGGUGUUAACAGAGCAAUGCUGCCUUUGGCCAGUCCCCAGGUAUGGAGAAGAGCAAAAAGGUUUUGCUGGCAAUUCUGGAGGGACGGGUGUUUUCCUUCCCCAGACUCUUCUCAUGGAAUCAACUGAGAACAAAGGGACUGGGGUGUUUCUUCAAACCUUCACUUCAAAUGGACCGGUCACUGUGCGAAAAAGCAAAAAGAGUGGAAAGAAUGGAAAGAUGUUUUUUACUAAGAAGGGAGCUCCAUCAGGAAAGAAAGAGGUGUCUCAAGUUCCAGCUGAGAUCUGUUUACCUGCAGAGUGGACUUACUAAUUAACUGUGUCUCUAUCUAAACAUGAAACUCCCAUGUAAUGGAGACUAAUAACUAAAUGAAAUGCGAGAGUAAUAACUUUUGAUAA